AUGAGAGCUCAACAGGUUGAGACUCAGUCAACAGCGUGGAUUCGGCCAAAUUUUAGCGGACAUUCAGUAAUAAUGGAUCAGAUUACUACACAACUUGUUCCUUCACAUUUAGGGAACUCAGGUCACUCGCAGCAAAUGAUAUUACAGCAACAACAACAACAGAGGGGUUCCAAUUUUCAUAAUCCUCCAAAUAUUAUACAAGCCGGACCAGUCAAACCGGGAUUGCAAAAUCUCAAUCUCAGUUCAACCAACCCAGCUUCUUCAGGAUUUAGGCGACUAUUAUCUGAGAUGCAUACCAAGCAGUUUGAUUCCAUCCGCUUUGCAGCUUAUCGUACUGCGAGCAAGCUUAGAUUUAUUCAACAGAGAACAUUAUUUAACAUAAUGGAUUUAUGGCGUGUGGUCGAAACAUUCAGAGAAUUCGGUUUACAUCAACUGAAUGAUCCUCAAGCAAGCUUAGACUAUGCCAGUACAUUCCGUUUACUAUCACGUAUUUACUCACAUAUACCUACAACAAAUAUAAAUGUGAACACAACAACCAAUGAAACCUCAUCAAGCAAUACAACCAAUCGGUCUGUAAUUAUUAUUGCAGCUGAAAUCCUACUUGGUUGGCUCGGAUAUGCUUUAGACUUAUGUUCAACUGGUCGACUCAGUGUAAAUGGACUAAAAAUAACCUUGUCAACGUUAACUAAUGCCAGACCAGCUGAUAAAUUUCGAUAUCACUUCACUCUCUUAUCAGAUCCCUCUGGCGCACUAAUUUUCUCGAAAUUUGAGGCUUAUUUACAAGAUCUACUCAAAUUGCCAAUAAGUGUAUUCGAGGGCACAAAUUUCUACUACACACCACAAGCUGCGCAAGCAAUGUUCGUUGGGCGCUCCAAAAACGUGGUUCUUGAAGAAUUUUUGGAUCGUAUGCUAUCUGAUCAAGGAUCACAAGUACUAGUAUGGCUUACAAUUUUUCAUCGACUAAUCAGUGUAGCGAAUAUCCGACACAAUGUACGAUGUGAAGGCUGCAAACGUGAACCGAUUAACGGUCUACGCUACAAAUGUACUCGAUGUCCCCACUAUAAUUUAUGCCAAGACUGUUUUUGGAUUGGUGUUACCACUGAUCAGCAUACAAAUGCACAUGAUGUAAAAGAAUAUAGUGCUGCAUCGAAAUCUCAUUCCCGUCAGUUUGGGCAUUCUUUGAGAAAAUCAUUUCAAUUUGGACGGGCUAUUACUAACACCACGUCAUCAAAUGUUGUUACCACAUCUUUCACAAGUAGCUUCAGUGAACGUCAGAAAUUUUCAGGCAUGAAUGUUGUGCGUCGUCCACAUGUAGGAUCUAUAUUUGAAUGGAAUUCAGACCCUACUGUGCCAGCCGGUAUUGUUUCUUGCGUAAACGGCAUUGCGUCAGCUGUACAGCCGUCCUCCGUACCGAUUAAUGUUACUAUGGGUGUUUCUACAGGAUAUCUCCCAGGGUAUUCUGUUUCAAAUCAGAGAUUCAUGGCACCAGUGAAUACUAUUUGCAGUCCACUACCAAAUCGGCGCUUACAACAACUCAAUCCUGUAUUUUUGGCAACUCGACCAAAUACUAACAUAUCUAACUUCCCAUAUGCAACUUCCCAAUCUGUACAAGUUCAGCCUGCUGUUAACAGAUCAAACGAAUUAAAUCAAGGAUCAAAUAGUGUUGCACAAAACAUAGUAGCCGUUACCUGCUACACAAAUAUGAUUCAGCAACAAGACAUGAUUGCUGCAGAGUAUACGAGAGCAGGACACAGUAUUCCGUAUUCUGAAGUACCUCCCGAUUCACACAUGUCCAAUCUAUCAGGAGCGAAUUAUCAACCACUGCCUAUAUCAUGUUACUCUCAACCUACCACAGAUGUUUAUUCAAUGGGCGGUAAUCAACAACACCAGUUAACUACUACAACGACUUCACAGACAACUACUAUACAAUCUACUUCCAUUGUAUCUGUAAAUAAUAAUGAUAAUUUAAUUAAUUCAAGUAUGGGAACUAGUUUCUCGUUAAAAAUGCAUAAUCUUGAUCAAAAGUCUAAUGAAGAACAUAAUUUAAUUGCUAGAUAUGCUGCCCAGUUAGCUGCUGCUUCAGCAUUGAAUCAAGAAUUCGAUAAAUUAGGUGAUUUUGUUGAAUCGACACAAACGCAGAAACAGUUGAUUGCUCAACUACAAGAAAAAAACAGAAAAAUACUCAAAGAAAUUGAACGAUUACGAGUUGAGCAACAAAAACAAGCGGCAUUUAUUGCUGCUGCUGGUUCUCUUAAAAAUGAUUCCUCAGAAGUACAAGACGUUUGUGACGAAAGUGCUGGUACACUUAGCCCAACAAACUUAAAACAAUAUUUAAAAUCGGACAAUUUAUUGUCCUCUGGAGUUGGAAACUCACUGAAUUCAGAAAAUCCCCGUUUGGUUGCUGAUCUACAGGCUUUGCGCCAAAGAAAAGAUGAGUUAGAGUCAAGAAUGAGUAAUCUACAGCGUAGUCGAACGGAUUUGAUGUUACAAUUAGAAGUAUUGGUAAGACUUUUAUCUGUUAGUACAGGAGUCGCCAAUGCACGUGAUAGCGAUCCUUCAGUAUUACUUGAUCUAAGUGAUAUUCGCCAAACGGGUCAUAAUUCUCGACUGAAUCAAAAAGUUUCCAAUUAUCCGCCAAGACGAAGUACAAGUUUAUGUCAGCCAACAGUUGGGAGAAGUUAUCAAGAAAAUAUCUCUGUGGAAAGUAGAUAUGACGAAACAAAUGGUGUUCAUCAAAAACCCGGUUCCUCGGAUAAUACGGGUAAAAUAUUUUCCCCUCUAAAAACAAUUACGGUUGAAGAAAAAGGUGGACAAUGGAAUUUUAAAUUUCCUGACGAUAAAAAGCAUGAGUUGCAUUCACCCUCAUCAAUUUUGUACAGACAUUCACCUGAACUUGGUCCUCAACGAUCAUCAGAUACUGUGGUUGAAAAGUACAAGGAUCUAUUAUAUAAAGGAACGAGUACACAAAUUGGAGCUUCAAAAUCAUUAAGAGUACAUUUUGGUGGAAGAAGACCCUAUGUGGGAGCAUUUUCAGUUGAUGAUAAAACGGAGCUUUUUAGUCAUAAUUCAGUAAAUAUGAACAGAUUAUCAUCAAAUCAUUCAUCACAACAUACAAAUCAUUCGGAUAGUGGAUCGGAUGCCUAUUUAUAUUCAGAUCCUGAAUUGUGCUUUACAAUCGUUGCAUCAACCUGUGGUUCAUCACAAUCUGGCGUAUCAGCUCCGCAAAGAACAUCUCAAUUAUCACAAUUCCUUUCGAUAACUCCGUCAACUGCUAAAAGUUCAGAUAAAUCUAAAGGUUUUCUAGAACUUUUAACUAAUAAAACUAUAACAACAACUACCAUUGUAGAUAAUUAUGAAUAUGCUGGUUUACAGUCAUCACCAAUAUCUCCAUUAUCAUAUUCAUCAAAUGAACACAUUCGAAAUAUGAGAGCUAAUGUUAUAUCAAACAUUCCAACUACAACUAAUCCUUAG